GCUUGUGAGACCUGUCCAAGUUAGAGUGACCAUGUGUCCUACUUAAUGUGGGUCUACACAGAAUUCCCAAAUAUUGAGACAAAAAUAAACACACCUCAUAAAACCCCAAACAUGCCAUGACCCACUGAAUAGUUUUGAUAGUGACUGCAGGAAAAAGGAAGAAAACAGGACCCAGAAAUGUAACUCUGAUUUCCAUUUGAAAAAUAAUAUUCAACCCUGAUUUACCACCGUUUCGGAACGAAAUGAAAGUAGUGAUGAGUCUGAGAGCGCUUUGGGUUUUUUCUCACCUGGGUAACAAAAUACAUUACCCAGAAUCCUCAGCUGAAAACACAACACUAGUAGCUGCACAUGUGUUUCAUCAUGGCGGCCCCCGCUAAAAAGAUGGUUGGGGUUUCGGACGACUCCAGCACCAGUGACGACGAAGUACUUAAAAGAUGUCAGGAGGCGGUUUGGGAGACGAAGGCUGUCAAAAGCAAAGAUGGGGAUGCCAGUGUGAAAGAGUCAAAGCGUCUCGUUGUCGCUGACCAUGAACAUGAUGGCAACGAGCUCCAGGUCACGCCAGGAUUCCAGACACAUGUUGCCAGAAAGUUAGGACACUUUCUUGACAGUUGUAUUUCAGAGAUAAAGCCUCAAACUUCAUCCUGUUUAGAAUCAGCUAAAUGUAACAAAGAUGAUGAGGAGGAGGAGGAUGAAGGAUUUCGUCUGUUUUCUACAUCCGUCCCAGGAAAGAAAGCUGAAGAUCCUCCUGCCCCCGUAAGGCGUCGGCCUGCUCCCAGCUCAAGCGACAGCGAUGAUGAGAUGGAAAUGAGGUUGAAAGAGGCAGCGGUGUCUGUCAAAGAUCUGUUACCCUCGUUGGCGCUCUCACCCCCUUCGAUGGAGUCUCCUUGCUCGGAAAAAAUGACAAAGACGAAGAAGAAAGAUACAGAGGGAGAAGAGAGCCGCGUUGUGAAGAAAAAGAAGAAGAAGAAGAAUCGGGAGGAUGGGGAACAGGUGGACUCAGAUUCUACUCCUGAUGCUCAGAGCAAUGGUGAGCUCACAAACUCAGAACAGAAACACAUGCAAGUCAAAGUAAAACGGAAAAAGAAGAAGAAGAGGCGAGAAGAAAACGCAGAGGAAGAAGCAUUGCACUGAUUUUUUUUUUAAAUGACUUUCUGCCACGGUGAAUUCAAAGAUUUAAAAUAUUUUUAUUCAAAAGCUGGAAUUGGUCUUUACUUUGUCAUUAAUGAUGUAAAAAAAAAAAGUGAAAAUAUUUCAAGGUGAGUUAAAAAAAUGCAGAUAA